CGGUCGUGUCGCGCGUGUUCUAUGAGUUUCUUGUUAUUCCGGGUCGGUCAAGUGGUCGGAUUUCUAUAUUCUCGUAGCUGCUCAGUCUCUUUGGCCCACUGCCGCGCGAUUCUCUUUGGCUGUCAAUUUGAGUCAAGAACAGUCGACUACGUCAUCGUUUGAUUGCGUCAGUCCAGUCUCUCUUUGUUCAACGUUCUUUAUCAUUUUUCCUUUUUGCCUCUCACUCAGCUUUUUGUUUUGCUUCGAUACUUUGCCGCCAGCUGACAUGAGCAGCGAUUUCGAUGUCAUGGACGUAGUAGCUGGCAGUGAAGGUCCACCCUUGCAGGCCUUUCGCAGCAGCAAUCCCUUUGACGAGUCCUAUGAGAAGUCAUCCUCUGAGCAAGAUUUCCAGCGGGAUCGAGAUGCCAAUCAUACACCUCUGCAUAUGCUACGAAGGGCCAGCGAAACGGUGUCCGCCAGCAUAUUGGAACCGGAAAAAGAACACCUGCUAGGCGAGAAGCCCCAGGCACCACCUCGUGUCCAUGGAUCUUCUUCUACAAGUGCCUCUGAAACUAAGCGCAGCAGACAGCAGCAGCAAAAUCAGUGGCAGCUGCAACAGCAGCAGCAGCAGAGCAACAACAACGGGGCACUGGCGCCAGGUGACAACAUGACACAAGGAGCAGCGCCGCAGGACUCGCAAGGCGACAUCCUGCCCACCCGCCCGCUGCAUACCAAAUUAGACAUACAGAAAAUCCCAGAGGACGCGGCCGGAGAUGCCACACAAAACGCUGCAACAAUAAUUUUAACGCCGACAUCAUUAAAUUUAACAAAUACAACACAAAAUGUUGCCGGCAACAAUGCGGGUAACUCCAACUCUAACUCCGGCCCCGUCUCCGGCAGCAACCCAACGCCAACUCCGGGCGGAGUCCGUGGCGACGAGUACAAAGGGCCCAAAUGGUGGAUACAUUUCCGUACCCAUUGGGUAAACAUAUCUGAGCAGCUUGCCCUGCUGGCCAUUUUCCUGGGUCUUUGGGCCAUGGGUUGGGUUCUGCUGCCGGAAUACUCACAGCCACAGACGGUCAUCAUGCGUAUUGCAUUCCUUUUCGUGGGCGCCCAGAUCUCUGGAAUCCUGGUCACCUUUGUCCAUUUACCCGAUAUGCUGGGCAUGCUCUUCUUUGGCGUACUCUACGCCAAUCUGGGUCUGGCCAAUUUCGAGGGCUAUCAAAAGUUCGAGCUGUUUUUAAGGGAAAUGGCUCUGAUCAACAUCAUGUUACUGGCUGGCCUGGGGCUGGACGGAGAUGCCUUUAAGCGGCUGUGGUUCAUGAUUCUCCGCUUGACCCUGCUGCCCACAAUUGUGGAGGUGGCGGCCAUUGCUGGCCUGGCCUACGUUACACUCUCGAUGCCCUGGCUGUGGGGUAUCGCCUUGGGCCUGGUCAUCACCGCCGUUUCCCCGAAUGUGGUCGUCACCGUGAUGCUGAAGCUCAAGGAGGAUCGCCUCGGUCUGAAUAGCGGCAUCCAUACGCUCAUCUACGCCAUGACCACAUGCAACGAUGUGGUGGCCAUCUUCUUGUUCGGCGUGAUAAUCAGCGUAAUAUUCUCAACGACCUCGCUCACCCAGCAAUUGCUGCAGGGUCCCAUUGGCAUUGGGAUUGGACUCGUUUUUGGCUAUCUCUACGGCACGAUGCUCCAGUACUUGCCGUCGCGCAACGCGAUGUACGCAAAUGGGCUACGUUUCGUCCUUACCGUCUUGGGCGGAACCAUAGCCGUGAUGGGCAGCCGCGUCAUCGGUUAUACGUCGGCAGGAGCUCUGGGUUGUGUAACGACCGCCUUUAUUGCGAGGAUUGGCUGGCGGCGGGAGGAGGCCAGACUGAAGCCCGAGCAGCUGCAGGCCCAGCAAGUUGCCAGUGUACCGAAGCGUCUGGACCUCAUGUGGAAGUUCCUCAAGCCCGUCUCGUUUGCGCUCAUUGGCAAGGAAAUUAAUUUCAACGUGCUGGAGGGCCAUGUAAUCGGUUAUGGCGCAUUGUUGGUGCUCGUCGGAAGUUUGUUUCGCCUGGCUUUUGCAUAUUUAUCCACAUAUGGCGGAAAUCUGUCGAGAAAGGAACGUGCCUACAUUACAAUUUCCGGUUUUCCCAAAGCAACUGUCCAAGCCGCCUUGGGUCCAGUGGCUUUGGACAUGGCACGUGCUGCCAGCGUGCCCAGUGCCGAGCAGCUGGCUCUGGCCAGCAAUGUGCUCAUCAUCUCGGUCCUAGCGAUUAUAUUCACCGCCCCACUGGGCGCCAUCCUCAUGAUCCGACUGGCACCGUAUUGGCUCAAACAUGGUGACGCAGUGGAGGCUGUGGACUCUCCAACUACGCCGAGUGUUUCUCUUCCUGAAAACAACAAUUCCUCCAAGAGGGCAUAGCCGUGGGUUGACCCACGGAUCUGCAGAUGACCCCUCGGCCAGAAAAAAAAGUUCUAAUCCAUGCCGUACUUACCUAGCCAUCCUAGCCGUACUUAUACUUACGUGUACUUAGUCACAAUCGGUAAUACGCUGUGCAAAUAAAAGUAAAUGCGAAAACUUA